AUGAUUGCUAGAGUGCUAUUUCCAGAUGAAGUCGGAUGUGGUAAUCCGGAGGUUUGCAAGCGGACUUGCGGCAAGGCCAGUGGAUGUACGGACAUAGCAUAUCCCCGGCUCGUGCUUCGACUGCUACCACAAGGAGCCAAAGGACUCAUGCUCGCUGUGAUGGUGGCGUCGCUGGUGUCCAGUCUGACCAGCAUCUUCAACUCCAGUUCUACGCUAUUCACUAUGGAUAUUUGGCGUCGCAUCCGGCCUCUCGCUCGUCCGGCAGAGCUCAUGAUAAUUGGAAGAGUUUCCACACUCGUGCUAAUAUGCAUCUCGGUAGCCUGGAUACCGAUCGUUCAAUCCAGUGGGGAACUGUUUCACUACAUUCAGUCUGUUACAAGCUACUUGGCCCCACCUGUCUGCGUUGUAUACUUGAUGGCUAUGUUUUGGUCGCGAUUCAACGAAAUGGGGGCCUUCUGUGCUCUGAUGGCUGGUCUGGUCGUCGGGCUAAUCAGGUUCAUUUUGGAGUCCAUCUACCCACGGUAUGGUUGUGGUGAAACUCAUAAGCCGACAGUAGCUGAAACAAUGGUCCAAAAAUUGCACUAUCUCCACUUCAGUAUCGUGCUGUUUUGCAUCAGUGGAACGGUAGGAAUAGUAGCGGCGCUGCUUACGAAGCCACCACCUACAAAACAUACGGAAGGUCUGACAUUUUGGAACCGAAACCCAACGAAGCAUGGAAGUAUACAAGAAACGAAACAAGCAACAAUGCUCGAAGAGAUGACUGAUUCAAACGGAAGUAUUGAUGGUCAGUUGGAUAACACAUCGCAGAUCCAUGCGUACACAGAUAUGCUGCAAGAUGACACAGAAUCCGAAGGUUCGGUGAAACCAAGGCCUUGGUACCUGCACGCAGUGUUUUGGAUCUGCGGCAUUGAAUCCACUUCCUCAAGUGACCAAACAACGGACCUGAAUUUACAGAACGUCAUAGAAUGUUUCAAUCCCGAGUCGUUACGAACUACAUUAGUCGAUGUUCGUAAUGUGGACGGAUCCGUUACCGUAACUGACAAAUACGGGCAUACUUUGACUGAGAGAAACUGUUCCUACAAACCGGAACCCAACUUUUCUCGUUAUGGCUUCAUUUUAAAUCCUAAUCCAGACUUACACGUUGGCAAGGUGAAUAUUGGGAACUUCACCUUACUUUUCGGCUCUUCGGAUGUUGCGAAAGACCUUCAGUGCUUAAUCCAACACGAUGUGACGCACAUUAUUAACCUUAUUUCCAACGUUAUGCCUAACGCUUUCCCGGAUCGCUUUGGCUAUCUCUCAUUGGUUGUAUAUGAUGACAUGCAGUUUCGUCUAGAUGAUAGCAUUACACAAUGUGUGCAGUUCAUAAACGAAGUGAGAAGCCAAGGCGGUCGAUGCUUUAUCCACUGCGACUCCGGUGUUUGUCGAGCUCCUUCGAUGGUAAUAGCAUAUUUGAUGAAGGUCGAAAAAUUCCCGUACGAACAUGCCUUCAGGAUUGUGCACAACGCUCGUAACAUUGCGCUCAAUUUAAAUUUCAAGACGCAGCUAAUGAAUUUAUUUUGA